AUGGAAUUUAUAGAUGGAAACUAUACUUUGGUGACUGAGUUUAUCCUGUUAGGGUUUCCAACUCGCCCUGAACUUCAGGUUGUCCUGUUUCUCCUGUUUCUGACUUUGUACUGUAUGAUUUUAUUGGGAAACAUUGGCCUGAUGGUGUUAAUCAGGGUUGAUCUGCACCUUCAAACCCCCAUGUACUUUUUCCUUAGUAACCUAUCCUUUGCAGACCUUUGCUAUUCUUCCAUCACUGUUCCCAAAACACUGGUCAAUUUCCUCUCCAAGAACAAAUCAAUUUCCUAUCAAGGCUGUGUGCUGCAGUUUUAUUUUUUCUGUGCAUUUGCAGAUACUGAAUCCUUUAUCUUGGAGGCCAUGGCAUAUGAUCGCUGUGUCGCCAUCUGUAACCCUUUACUGUACAGGGUUGUGAUAUCUCCGGGCACCUGUGUAUGGUUGAUUGUCUUGUCAUACUUUGGAGGUAACAUGAGCUCCCUGGUUCACACAUCCUUUGAGUUUAUUCUGAAAUACUGUGAUAAAAAUAUCAUUAGUCAUUUUUUCUGUGACCUCCCUCCCCUGCUUAAGUUAUCCUGCACAGACACAUCAAUCAAUGAGUGGCUUCUCUCCACCUAUGGCAGCUCAGUGGAAAUUACCUGUUUCAUCAUCAUCUUCAUCUCUUACUUUUUCAUUCUUCUCUCAGUCUUAAAGAUCCGCUCUUCCAGUGGGAGGAAGAAAACCUUCUCUAUGUGUGCCUCUCACCUGACUUGUGUGGCGACCCACCAGGGGACUCUUCUCUUCAUUUACUCACCACCCAGCUACCUGUAUUCUCCCAACACUGAUAAAAUCAUCUCAGUGUUCUACACCAUUAUCAUCUCAGUGCUGAAUCCUUUGAUUUACAGUUUGAGAAACAAAGAUGUAAAUGAUGCUGCUAAAAAACUCUUAAGAUCAAAGAUAAAUUCCUCCUGA